GAGUGUGAUCCUCACGUGACGAAAGCGGCUACCUCCUAGGGGUUCUUUUUACUGUACAUAAUCAUUCCUCAAUUACUGCUUCUUUAGUCCUCCUCGCUUGCCUGCCCAAGGCACAACCACAACAAUGGUGGAAAUUGAAGAUGCCGAUGACACGCCGAAGACCGCAACCGCCACCAUCACGGAAGAAGAAUCACGUCCGCUGUUAAAUAGUUCAGAGUCAAAGCCGCGUUCUAAAUCGGUAAGGACUAAGGUCCCUGAGGUGGAGGUACAUCUUUUCCGGCGCGGAGAGGGUCCGAUCGAUGUCUUUAAAUCGAGUUUAGGUGGAUGGGAUCAAGAUCAGCUCGAAGUUGGAGAUAUAUUAGACAAGUAUGGAUUUAAAUCGGUGUAUGCGUAUAAUACACAAUCCGGUAGGGGUGUUCCGAUCCGGUUUAACGCUAGAAACGGUCGAUCUAUGCUACCGUACAAGGAUGGAUCCGUAAUUUUCAUUGACGGAGAGCCCAAGGACUCGUUAAUAAAGCCAAUCACCAGGAUCCUAGUAGGGGUUGCAAUAUUAACUGCAAUGAUAAUUUUGGUGAUGAAGGAGACACCUGAAUGGGUUAAAAAGUUGAAGUUUGCAGGAAUCAACUUCAACUUCAACUUCCCUCCAUGGGUUCUCGCAUGUGUUGUGAUUGUUUUCACACGUUUGAGGAAAAGAACCAGAAAUUUCUUCACAAAACGCGCUUAACAUUUUCUGCUUUCUUCAUUCAAAUCACACAUUUCAUAAGAUACUUCUCUCAUAAAUUUUGUGGUUUUGCUGCUCUGCUUUAAAGAAUCCA